AUGGUCCCACAAGUGUCAUCUAACGCUACGUCCCUAUCGACCAAGGAGAGGCACUAUGCACAACUUGCAGGCAAGCUUGGAACGCUGGCCAACACCUUCGAAACCACAAAACAGCACUUGAACUUGGCAGCAGAACAAGCCUUCUACAUGCGCAAGCUUGGUAUUGCCCAGGCGUCAACAUUCAUGGCGGUACUACACCAAGUCGAUCGCGAGCAGGAGGCAAGCCCCACUCACGAGGCAUGA